GCACGUAGAUAGCAGUCGAUAGCGAUAGCUUACUGUACGACCGAAUACAAGCAAUCUAACCAAGAACCCCCACCAGAGCGGCUACGCCGUCCAGCACAGCGCACUCCUUUGUCGGAUUACGGGAAGACUCGUCGAGACCUUUGCUUUUCCGAAAGUCAUUGACACGCCUUCGACUUCUCUGCUUUCAGAAGCCAAUCUUCUCGACGAGAAGCCAAGGGAGGUUGUAUCGACGAGAAGAGCGACCGAAGAAAGCUGAGAAGGAAGAGUGCUUGAUCUUGACAUUGCUCCUGCACCCUUUCCUUUUUGACUCGUACCAAAUAGCAACCUCUUUUGGCAUUUUGGAGGAUCAAUCUGGACGAACCACUUCGUCUGCUGGGUCGCAUUUGGAGUUUGCCGGCACCACGGGAUCAAUAUCGGCACCGGGACAUGCUGGGUUGGCCAGUUCUUGUUCACUACUGCGAUAGGUGCAGCUACAACACUCCUGUCGAGUACACAGGCACUGUUUGGACAGCAGAGCAUACUUGCACACACGUAAGCCACGGCCUUGACAAUAGGCCGCCCCAGCCCCUCAACCCGACUAACUUCUAGUCACAUGCAGUGUGGAAUCAAGGCGGCAGGCGCAGAUUUCGCCGGGCAGAGCAAGGGCAGCAUGAACACGUAUCAGCAUGACGAGCUCGCACAGCUCUUUUCACAGCUCUCUACUCAGCAGCAACAGCAUCAAGCUGCAGCCGUGCAGCAGCCGCAGUACGAGGGCCAAGCACAGACGAUCGUUCAGCAACUCCCCAUGAGUCCCGAGAAGAGCGAUGCACCGUUGACAUUUGCAUCGGCUCACUACACGGGCACGCCUUACAUACGAGCGGAAACACAGUCUGAGCCUUCGAGAAGCCCACCGCCGCCGUAUAACGAGUCAUUGAUGCCCGAGGCAAUGGCCGAGACAUUACGACAAAACAGCAUCGAUCCCUCUUCCCUCCUCCCCAAUCAGAUAGAGCUCUUCGCCAACGCUGACUAUGAGCAGAGACUCCGCCUCCUUGAGCUGUGGAGGAUCUCUCCACCAUCGUACCCGCUCGAGCAGCAUUUGAACAAUCAUUGGGGCUCGACGAGCCUACAGAGGGAGGAGGAAGAGGCACGAGUCCGAUAUGAGCAGCACAUGCAAGCCAGAGACGAGCAGAGCAUGAUUCAAGCUUACAUGUCGGAACCAAUGUCAGCGAUCCGACAGCCGGGUGAAGCAGCAUGGCCUCCGGCAGCGCGUAUACGGGCAGCGUCUAUCGCUGCAGGACGUGGACCACUGAGCAGCAAGCCAGAGGUAGAGCCCUACAUAGCAGAAGGAUAUGAGCAUCACUCUGAUCCCGUGUAUGCCAAUGCUGGCUGUCUGUGGGCUCCUGCGAGCCCCAUUGGCAACAUGGCAGAUCAGUAUGGCAUGUACGAGCAGAUCAGGAAUCAUGCGGACUGGGAACGGAUGAACCAGCAGGAUCAUGCGAGGCAGAUGGGUGACGACGAGAUGAUGAUGUGAGCUGUGUCCAACACUCGGCUCAAGGGCGGACGGACUUUUUGGAAGGAAUGUGCGGAGCCAUCAAUCACUUCAUAUGUUGUACAGGCAUGGAUGUGGCGUUUGCAGAGAGCAUGAAAUCCGAGAUGCAUGGGCAUGGGCAGAUCAGCUAUUCUUGUAUGCUUCGAUACCACUACUGUUGUCACCUG